AUGGAUUCCAUUUCGUCUGCUGAGGCGACGGUCCAGACUGGGAAUAUUUUAGAGUCUGGGAUUGUUUCGGAUGCUGGAGCUGGUUCGGGUGCUGGAAUUUGUUCUGAUGCUGUAGUUAAUUCGGGCGCUGGAGUUGUUUCGGGUGCUGGAGUUAAUUCGGGCGGUGGAGUUGUUUCGAGUGCUCGAAUUUGUUCUAAUGCUGGAGUUAAUUCGGGCGCUGGGGCUUCAGAUGCUGCAAAGAGAAAGGAGGAACAGAAGAAAUAUGGUAUAUAUUUUGAUGAUGAUUAUGACUACCUGCAACACUUACGUGAUGUCAGCUGUACAACUGUUGAUUGGGAACCUGUUGAACAAUUAUCCAGCCGGACUACCAAUUUGAAGUUGCCUUCAUCUGUGUUUGCAUCAAAAGUAGAAGAAGAUAUUGGCCUUCUCAAUAGGGCAGCACCUCAUUCAGGUCCACGUUUGGAUCUGGAUCCCGAUGUAGUUGCUGCAAUGGAUGAGGAUUUUGACUUUGAAGACCCAGGCAAUGAACUUGAAGAUAAUUUCAUUGAAUUGGCCAAUGCAGAAGGUAGUGGUCGUGAGAUGGAUUCACGUGAUGAUGAUGAUGAUGAUGAUGAUAUGAGUAAUGGAAACAAAUCUGAAGAUGAUGAAUUAGGCAGUCUGUGUGGACCACAAUAUACAUUUGCAGAUGAGGAGACAAAAUCGCGCUUCACCAACUACUCAAUGUCAAGUUCUGUAAUAAGGAGGAAUGAACAUUUAACACUACUUGAUGAUCGUUUUGAAAAGAUGUUUACAAAUUGUUAUGGAGAUACUGACAUUGGUGCUUUGGAAUGUGAGGAAAUCGAAGGUCAUAUAGCACCUGAUUCAGAAGUGAUGAUCCAGUAUGCUGAAAAAAUGAAAGAAGAAUGCAGACUUAAUCAACCACUGUUAGAACGUAAGAGUGACUCUCAGGCCCAAUGCAGUGGGUGGCUUUGUGAGGAAAACACAGAUGAAGAGAAUGACAAUCUGGUGCCAUUAGAAAUACAAGACUCGAAGCAACAUUGGGAUUGUGAAUCUAUUGUGUCCACGUAUUCAAAUCUUUACAAUCGACCAAAACUUAUUACUGAACCAGUGGUGCAAAAGAAGAUACGUAUAUCAAAGAAAACAGGAAUUCCUCUUGAAGUACUAGAUGGCAUUAAUGGACAUACGAAAUUGACAGCACGUGCUCUACUUAGACACAGCACUGAUGAAGAUAGAAAUCCCUGUAGUGACGAUGGAACAGAAUCAAUGGUUUCAGCCCUAUCUGUACUGUCUAUGCGCCCUAAAGAUGAAACACCAGAGGAACGCUCUGAAAGGAAAAGAGCCCUCCGACAGUACAGGAAGGAAAGAAGAAUGGAACGGAAAGCAAACAUCCUAGCUUUUAAAGAAGAAAAGAAGAGGCAAGAGAAAGUUAUGCUAAAUAACAGGAAAAAUAUCCAUGGCAUCCACAUUUUGUGAAAUAUAACAUCAUGCUUUCAAGGGACUGUGUGUCAGUUUAUAAACUUUAUGCACACCUGAUUAGAUUGGUGUAUUCUGUAAGAAGUAAAGGUAAAAAGAUAAACUUA